AUGCCAUUAGCCAAAAAAGCUAUUACACCACUUGCAACAGGUGCGUUAUCAGGUUUAGCCAGUCUAGGUGUGGAUAAAAUAUUCGGGAAAGGUCAACGAGGAGGUUUUCUUAUUCCGCAGGAUAAAAUAGCGCAAUUGAUUGCGUACAAACAUUUACUAUCCGCAGGUCAGAAAAAGGAUAUCCUCAAAGCUCUCCAAUCAGGUAGUGGAUUGGUUAUCAAACCGACAAAAACACAGCAGGGCGGGUUUUUAGGAACUCUGCUAGCAAGUACAGGAGUCCCCCUGUUACUAAACGCCUUGACGGGAAAGGGUCUCCAAGCUGACAGUACCGGUUCCGCUAAUACAACAGCUUUUUACGUUCCCGAUACAAAAAUGGCCAUGGAAUGAUUAAUCCGUAUCCUUACAUAUCACCACCCUUUUUUGGAACAUAGAACAACAGGGAUUGCUGCUCGGCAAGAACAGUCCAUUCAAUUCAAUCCCAAUUCUAGGAACAAUUCUAUAAAAUUCAUUAACAAACCGUUAUCAAAUAUUGAUUUUACAAUGGGUCAAACAAUUGGGAAUAAAAUACUUCAGGGGUAUUUACAGCCGCGACAAUUUAUCACAAAAAAUACACAGAUUGGAAACAGGAAUAAUUAACCUUGACGAUUCGACAGGGGGACGGAGUCAUUGGACUUGUUAUAGAAAUGUGGAUAAGCAAUAUUGUGAAUAUUUUGACCCGUUCGGAUUGAUCAUGCCUAAUGAGAUUAAAAAUUAUCUGAAAACAAGUGAUAAAAAAAUUGUGUUUUCUUCAGAUGAAAUACAAGAGAGAGACAGUGUUUUGUGCGGUUAUUGGUGCUUGUAUUAUCUUCUGGAGAGACAGAAAGGGAAGCCAUUAUUAGAUGUUAUACACAACCCCAAAUUCAGUUUCACAGAUUAAAAUGAUAAAUCACCAAUCUCUGAUAAACUAUUUCGAAUUAAUGUAAUCCUAUUAUAUAGAAUGUCAGAAAAGUUCUGUGUAUGUUGCCAAGAAGUUACUCCGCAUUAUGUACAUGAAUAUGCACGUUUUGAGUGCUGCAACUGUGAGCCCUCGAGUGAGAGCGAUUAUGAUUCAGAUAGCAGUCACGAUACUUAUGUUCUAGACAGUAUUGAUAGUGAUUAGACAAUAAUUAUAUAACACUAUUGUAUAUAAAUGGUAAAAUCUUAUUGUGUUAAACAAAAGAAACAAACAGAAUGUGUACAACCUUCUGGUUAUAAAACUGCGAAAAAUGGGAGACUAAUGUUUUGGUGCACUUGCGCUGAAUGCGUAAUUAAAAAGUUCAGAUUUGUAAAGAAGGGAAACUAAUCGGGCCCUCUCAAGCAGGGGGCGAUUUAUUUGACACCGCUGUAGGAACCGCUACUGAUCUAUUUGUCCAUCACGGGCUUCCUUGGAUGGGUAAAAAAGCAGUUGAGAUGGGAAGAUAUUACGGGUCAGAAGCUCUAAGAAACCCUAAAUUACAGAAAAAAGCCAUCCAUUACGCUUUGGACAAAUUGAGUCCGAUGAUUCAGAAUGUUGAAUCUCAAGUUCUUGACCAAUUAUCAACCAAAAUACGCCCAAACAGAAAAGAUCUUGAGGGAGGUGCUUUAGACAUCCACAAGGCCAUUGGUAAAUUACCAAAACCCCCAGGCGGAUUCACUUUACCAGGCCAUAAAUACACGGGCCCUUAUAAUGAUUUAGAAAAUCAAGUAAAAUAAAAUCCAGAAACUGGUGAAAUAUUAGAAAUUUAUGAUCAACCAACUGGGGCAACAGAUGCGGUUAGCAUGCAACAUGAUGUCGAUUAUAGUGUUUGCGGUGAUAACCGAAAGAGCAAAAAUAAAGCUGACCGUUAGACGCCAUUCCCUAUAAUGAAAGACAAUGGGGCCACUGGUUAGCUAGAAAUCUAAUAAACACAAAACAGAAACUCGGAUUCGGUUUAAACUAGAAAAGCCGUCGGGUAUCAGUUGGCAACAACAAUUAGCGGACAAAUUACACAAACCCAUAAAGCGCAACUUUACUCGGCGGUACGUUAUUACAACCGAAACAACCGGUAUUGACAAAAUUUGGUGCUCAAAUCUGGUUGAAAUGCAACAGUUCAGCAAAUGGAACAGGGGUUACAGAUACCUUCUAAUGCUGUUAGAUCUGUUCUCCAAAUAUGGCUGGAUUGUCCCAUUGAAGGAUAAAAAAGGGGAAACUGUCACGGAAGCAUUCAAAACCAUCUUCAAGGAGGGCCGUAAACCACAAUAUCUUUGGACUGAUAAAGGGAAAGAAUAUUAAAACAAAAAUAUGAGAGAACUGUUGGAAAGGAAUGAUAUAACAAUAUAUUCAACCGAAAAUGAGGAAAAAUCUAGUGUUUGUGAAAGAUGGAACCGUACAAUUAAAACCAAAAUGUUGAAGCAGUUUACUGUCCAGGGUAAUACCCAAUAUCUUGACAUACUACCAAAAAUACUGGAGCAGUAUAAUAACACCAAACACAAAUCCAUUAAAAUGACUCCUGUAGAAGCUAGU